UAUCGUCUGGUGCUAUCAGCAUAUGAAAUAAGAAGGCUGAUAGCACCUUCUGGCAGUCAGACGAUAUGGUAAACUUUUGAACCUGUCUUACCUGUAACAGUUGAUAAAAUCGAGUUUGUUUAUGCGCUUUUGUAAGAUGCUUAACGCUAAAGGAAACGUUCAGUAUUGCAAACUAUCUUUUUUUCAGUACUUAUCAAGAAAAUAUUAGCAUUCUAUUUACUAAACGAUCAUUGUAGGAACAAGGAUGUGUUCAUUCAUAUCGACUAUAAAUAAUAAACGAGUUUAUUUUGUUUCCUGCUCAACAGCCAUGUAGUCAUUUUGAAACAAAAUCGAUCGUUGCGAGGGAUACAAACACAGCCGGUUUUAUAAACAAUACAUACCCGUAUUACGAAAUAGUUAUAAAUAAUUAUAUUGGAUUUCUGUAAGGCGAUCACGCAACGUAAUCUUUCUAAUAAUCAAGGUGUUCGUCUAAUAUAAUAGGGUUAUUAUAACAGUAGCUCGAUCUUGGAUGCUGUAUUCGGCUCGAGUGGAUUUUGCAAGGCCGGGUCUCACGAGAAAUGUGUCAGGUCAUGCAUAUUAAAGUAGUCCGGCAGCACACAGUACGGAAGGUACAAUACGGAAUUAAAAGAAAAUAGACUUCAAACAUGGGGAAAGGAAAAGGAGAUCACCCUCCACAGAAGUUUAUAGGCGACCAAUUUUUCUGUCAGCUGUUCAUAUUCGUCUUUAUGGGUGUCAGUAUAACAUUGUCGAGCCUAAGUGCAGGGAUGGAUGAUGGGGGUAGUUUUCCCUUUCCGUACGUCUUUACUGGCUUUGUUUUAGGACCUAUUCUUCUUGUCAACCUCAUAUCCAGAUGGUAUGUCGUGAGAGCUGUACAAAAGAAAGGGGUUACCAGAAAGAAUAUACUGGAAAUACUGAAUAAUACAACAUUUGGUAAACAUAUCUGGCCAUGGUCCUGCCGGGUGGGAAUGUUGUGGUGUAUUCCUGGCUCAAUACUUACAGGACUAGGUGGAGUAAACUGCGGAAUAGAAGAGAACCAUGACAACGCAAACGGCACUUCCAGAGUAAAAAAUAACUGUUACUAUGAUAUUGAAGGAGUACACGGCGAAAUGUACAAAGGCUUAGCUAUAGGAUUAGUGGUCAUACACGUGUUUUCGUUUGUAUACCUGUUGCUAAGUAACUGUCCCGUGCAUAGUGUGCUUGAACAAAUAAAAGAAGACCCACGAACAACAACAGCGACUCCGGCCAAUAAUCGUCCCGCUGCGGCCCCUGCUGCCACUGCCACUCCUGCUGCAAGCACACCACAGGCUUCGCCUAAUGGUGGAGCAGGUAAUGAAACAGAAAUGAAAACUAAGAUACAACAACUUGAAAAUAGAGUAAGAGAACUUGAGAGCAGAGAAAGACAAGUAAGAGAAUUAAGUGUGCUACCUCCACCACCGACAUACAACGAAUUGAUGAACUCUGAUGGUUACAAGAGUACCGGAGCCCAUCCUGACAAUACUUUCUCUUAACUGCUUUACAGAAACAACAUUGAACAAAGCUAUUAUGUGAAAGAAAAGUACAAACAAAAGAACAAAAAAAGUAUCACAAUCAACAGUAAAUAGUUUCUAUGUAGUAGUUGUUCCCUGUCAGAUGCAUUUUUGGGCGUUGUAUCGUAUUUCAUUCAUACUGAACACAUAUUUGUUUUGUUUUUGAAGAUGGCAAGAAUAUAAUUCAUUUAGAGUUUUAAAUCAAAAUUUACAGAAUGACAAGACUGUGUGUGUGUAUAUAUAGUGGCUAUGAGGUUAAAAUUAAUUCACCAUGGUACAGAAGGCGAAUACUUUUUAUCUGUAGUACCUCGGGUGGUUCUUUAAAAGUCCUUUCAUGAUAACAAAUCAAAACGAUACAUCAAGCAGAUAUUACUAUUUGUAUUUUGCAGGGAUAUAUGACUGUAUGUUUUAAUUUAUCGAUUUUUUAUUCUAUCGGCAAGUUACUUACACAUUAUCGACACAAACGUUUUUGACACUUUGUGUGUUUUAUAUCAUGUAGCAUACUAUAUACCAUCUCAACCAUUUAUUCUAUAUCGCAAAUGUAUCUUUUAUUUUUCAUUUUCGUUCGAAAAGGGUUUGUUUUCCUUUUCGUUAUAUUGACAAGUUAAUUAUAAUUGUUCUGUACUGUACUUAACGUUGAGAUCAAUCAAAGGUGUUCCGUAAGGUUAUUCAAAUGUCAUUUGUUUAUUAUAUCUGUUACCAAGGAAAAGAAUUCUAUAACAAAUGUCUUUUGUUCUUAUCCUUUCCUUACUAUCAUGUUAACUUCUUGUUGUAAUUGUACAAAUCUAUGGAAUAAAUAUGUUUAAACUACC